UCACCCUGCAUCCCCCGCACCGCCAUAACAUACAACAUACGUCCGACAUGCCGUUUACCCAGUGCUUCCUCGUCGCACAAUCUUUCAGAUGUGCAUUUCAGCGAAGAUUGUGCGCUGUGUUGUUCUGAUUUACUUUUGCCACUGGAGCGGGGGGACUAGGCAUGCGAUAUAUCCACGACUCUUAUUAUUCCGCUUUUUGGAAGAACCUCCCCAUCGUCUCCGCUUAGCUACCACACCUCCUCGCGGUUACGGUUACACCUCGUGGUCUGGGAUGUGUGGAUAUACAGCCGAUGAUAUUGGGAAUGGGAUAGAUCUCCUUGGACCUUGGGCUUGACAGGGGAGGUCACGCAGCAUUCUGAUUCCUCGAGGCAGGUGCCACUGACCGGAAUUUGUAUCUUGAAACAGAAACAAGGAACGUGGUGACUUAUGGAGAUUCGUCACACUUCAGUGCCAGUAUAGUUAUGAGUGUAUCAGUUGCAGCGUGCUGUCUAUGAUCGUACCCACCUGACACUGUCAUGAGGACUUCUAGGUUCAAUCUUACAACGAGAUUACAAAACUGCAUUGCAAGUAUUUCAGUCAUAUGCUAUGUAUUGAAGUACUUGUUUGAGAUUCACUCUAUUCCAAG